AUGGAUCCUCCAAGCCCCGAACUCAAGCCCGCACGCCCAGAUCUCAAUCCAUGUCGAUCUCUUUCUCCAGACAUACCUAGAUCCGGUCCCAAUGGCGCGUCUCAUGAAAUCAGUGGAAGUAGUAUGUUACUUCGGCUUCUCAAUAAUGGACGUCAUUUCGAGGGUAGUGAGUCUGCCUGCGACGAAGAUCUACCUAGCAAAGAGUCGCGGCGAGAGGGGGCCGUAGAGGGCAACACCAUCGGCGGACCUUUGCUUCAGCACCUGGCUGCAGCUGCUCUACAGGCUACUUCUACUAGGAAGGCAUUGCCAUCUCUCGCUGUCCAGGUUCCAACAACGAUCCCUGAUAGCUCUACAGCGACUAGACGAAGUUCCAUUCAUGGCGAGCCCCCCAUCGACACUCAAUCUAAACUGCGAUAUAUUCCUAGUGGAAGGACACCGUUGCCUGACAAACCGCGAAGGCGGCUUUGCCAUCGGACUCGCGCACCAGCUGGCAAGCCUGCGAAGACUCUUUCAUCGCAGUCUGUCUCGUCACCCUGUUCACCACCAGAUGGAUAUCAAACACCCUCCCCGCACUCUCCGCUAAGUGCGAGUACAAAUUAUCAUCCGACAAAUGGUAACCACCCUCGCGCUCCGACCGAAGAUAGUAGCAGCAAUGCUGUCGAGAUUCUGAAUACCGAUAACUCUACUUCCACCUCUGUGACAUCAACAUCGAUCGACUCAACCUCAAUCACUGAUGGGAAGAUUAUCGAUGGGAUCACACAUCCGCAGCCUCUUUCCAUCUCAUAUCCGUGCAACGUUACGGGUUGCAAUGUCAAGCCUUUCGAGAAUUGCUAUCUCCUCGAAUCUCACAUGAAUGUACACUCAUCUAUACGGCCACACUAUUGUCCAGUCAAAGGCUGUCCAAGAAGUGAAGGGGGCAAGGGCUUCAAAAGAAUGAAUGAACUGAUAAGGCAUGGCCUGGUUCAUGACUCCCCAGGCUACGUCUGCCCCUUUUGCCCGGAUAGAGAACACAAAUAUCCACGCCCAGAUAAUCUUCAGCGGUAUGUCGAUUAG